AUGAAUACCCAGCUACUGCCUUUUCAGAAAGAGGGUGUAGGAUGGAUGACCCAGCGCGAAAUGAGCCACGUAGGGGGCAUCAUGGCGGACCAUCUCGGCAUGGGGAAAACGGUGCAGAUGAUUGGGCUGUGCCUGGUAUCCGAUAAGAUCAAUAAGGGACUGUACUCGAAGCAAAUGCAGCAGCGAAGAAUGCUAGCCGAAGGGAGUCGCUUGAUUACAGUGCUACGACAGCUGCAGAGAAUUAGCGUCAUCGCCAACUGCUCUCGAAUCAACCGGCCGGCGGACGACCUUUCAUCACUCAUUUCUCAGACAACUGAUCUUCUAAAAACAAAACAGGGGAGCUACAAAGGUGUUCGAGCGGAGAUUGACAAGUGGUUGACGUUUGCGGGCAAGUUUCAUUCUGCCUAUCAGAAGCGCGCGCUAGAUUUUCUCGAUGACGUCGAAAAAAGGGACUUUCAUUUCAUCAACUCAAAGGAGCUGCGCACCCUUGUUGUCGUUCCGGCGGCCCUCAUGCUCCAAUGGAAGUCUGAAAUCGAAUCCAAAGUGAAGGCUUCUCGCAAAAUAACCGUGUACCUCUAUCACGGUGAGAGCAAGUUGAUCAGCAACACAGAGCUUGAAACGUUCGACUUUGUCAUAACUACUUAUGAUACACUUACGAACUCUGCGGCAUCAGCUUUUAUUCCUGGUGACGAUCCGCGUACUUUCUCUUUCAACCGAAGAGAAGCUGGUCCGCUUUUUCACAUUCAGUGGAAACGGAUCAUUCUUGACGAGGCUCAUAUGAUUCGCCACGUUAGGACGCAACGAUGGCGCGCCGUUCAGGAACUACAAGGGCUUCACCGCUGGGCUGUAACGGCGACACCGCUGCACAACUCGAUCGAUGAUCUACAGAACCUUCUCCACUUCAUCGGCCUUCCGCGUUUACCUGUGUUGCCAGGAGGUAAUACCGAGGAGCUUCUCGCCGAUCCAUUGCUGCAGAGAAGUAUUGCAAGGUCGCUACAACCAGCAUUUCUGCGACGUGGCCCAGUGAUGAUGCGAAACGGUGUGAGAGAGGUUCUUGUAAAGUUACCACCGAAGACAGAGGUCGUAAUUAAGCAACCGUUCAGUGUGAGGGAGUCACACAUGUACAAUAGCAUCUUGGCGCGCUCGAGAAGUGCAUUGGCGACAUCAGAAAACAAAGAGGGCGUAUUUCAUAUAUUUGCCAUGAUGACGCGACUUCGUCAGGCUUGCUGCCACAGCUGGAUCAGCCAGGGCCGCGCCAUUCAGAUCUCUGUUUGUGGCAUUUGUAAGAGUGAGGCAAGCUCGCCUGUGGCCACCAAGUGCAGCCACGUGUUCUGCCAUGAGUGCUUGCUUCUGCGGUUUCGUGACGCAAUCGAUGGCGACAACAUCGCGGUGCGAAUCCAAUGCCCGACGUGCGCGCAGACGAUCACCUUCAGCUCUGUCUUUAAAAAGACAACACUGACCUCAACCCAGCGAAUUGCUCAAUACAAGAAUAAUGAGUUCGAGCUGAGUACAAAACUCCGAAUGGUGCUGCGUUCUAUCCAUGAUAUGCAGAAGAAUCACCCCGCCGAUAAAAUGAUCAUUUUCUCCCAGUUCACUUCCUUCAUGGACGUCAUUAGCGUCUCGUUGGAUCGGUACAACAUUGCAUUUCUGCGUAUCGACGGGACAAUGUCGCUUUCCAACCGAAACGCCGUCAUUCGUCAGUUUCAGACCAGCGAGCAUAUCAAGAUCGUGCUGGCGAGUAAGACCGCAACUGGUGUCGGUCUGAAUCUCACCGCAGCUAAUCACGUGAUUGUUGUCGACCCGUGGUGGAACCCCGCUAUCGAAGAGCAGGCGGUGCACCGUUGUUAUCGAAUCGGACAGAAGAAGCCGGUGUAUGUGACGCGGUUCAUUAUUGCCGACACAAUUGAGCAGUACUGCUACGAAAUCUGCCAGCGGAAAAAAGAGUUUGGUGACGCUGUCCUGCGCGCCGCCACGGCGGGUGACUCUGGCGCCAAGAUAGCUGCCUCGCGCCUCCAAGAACUCAUGUCACGUCUGAAGUACGUCGGAGACGGUGAGCAAGCUGACUCUUCCACACAGGCGUUUGGCGCCGCGCGCGACGGCGACGAAGGUGCACAGCAUAGCUCCUCGGCUGCCGAAAACGAAUCUACUCAUAGCCCUACAAUCAGUAGUGUUCAAGUUAACGCCGAUGAAAGUGAGACCACCAUUGUCUAG